AUGACAUCCAUUGAAGAACCACAAGCUGACGGCGAGACGAAAAAUCUCUUGUCGCCCACCACCACCACCACUACUACUACUACCAGUACCACCCCGACCACCACCACCUCCAACGAAAACUGCGAGACAAUGACAUUGAAAGUGUCCUCCGCGGAGAUCAGCGAGAGUGGAGAGAGUGAUACUUCUUCCAAUGGGAGAGAUAGUAGCAAUGAUCAAUCCUCAUCGAAGCAUUCGUCUGCCUCUUCUGCUGCUAAGAGAAGAAAACAAAAUAGAGACGCUCAAAGAGCCUAUAGAGAAAGAAAGGCAAAUCGAAUUCAGGUACUGGAAAAAUCAGUAGAAAAUUUGCAAACGCUUUUGAGUACGUGGGAGAAGAAAUAUAAAUUAUUAGAGGAAAAAUCUAAUGAUAAUAGAAUUGAGCUUCUUAAUUGUAUAAAUGAGAAUUUAAAAUUGAAGCAACUUCUCAAUUCAAAUAAUUUGGCUAACAGAAGCCCAGAUAAUAAUACUAAUAUUCAUAUGGUUCCACAACCACAAUCGCAUCCACCUUUCCAAACUCAAUAUAAUAGUCAUAUGUAUUAUCCAAUAAUUGCAUCAGGAAGACUCCCAGUAGGACCCUCCUUACCAUCCCCUCAUACUACCACUGAUAUUCAAUAUUCAUAUGCUGCUCCCCUAACUACAGAUCAAGAUAUAAUUCAACGUCGAUCUCAUCCAAAUUUACAACAACAACAACAGCAGCAGCAACAACAACAACAACAACAAUCUACCAUACAUCCACCGUUCUCUUUGAAACGUCAUUUGUCAGAGGAUACUCCUCAAAUGAUGGUGGCUUCCCAUAGUAACAGAAUAAGUCCAAAUUCAAAUUCAGAACCAAUAAUACAAUCUAAUGAAUAUAUAUUCCAAAAUCAAGAUCCAAAUCUGAAUAAGAGACAGAAACAGUCUCCUCCACCUGUUUCAGUGUCGCCCCCAACGUAUAAUAAUGAAGAAUCACAAGAUGGUAAUUCCACAGCAUAUAAAGGUGAUACUUUCAAUAGGAUCAAAAAACACAUGCAACUUAAUAAUAUACUUUAA